AUGCACGCAGCCCCCGGGUCUACAGAUCAGCAGUCACAAGGCCCGCGCACGAGCGCCACGCAGCCAGGGCACAGCCCGUCCGUCGAGCCAGCCGCCGAGUCGUCACAGACGCCGAGCGCAAAGGAGGAGCCCGUGCCCAGCACCCCGCAGAGGCUUUCCAUAGCCAAGUAUCGUGCAGCGCACCCUCCGAAGCUGCCGCCAGCGAAGAUGUCGGAGCAUAGCUCAAGCCCGGCUGGCGAGCAGGCGCCAAGGCGUGUGCGCAAUGCGUACGACGAUCUCUUCGGGUCUGAGGAGGGCGAGGUCAAUGCCAACCCGUCGGAAGGCGAUGGCAGAUCGCCGCGGAGUGGGCACAGCUCUUCAAGGACACCACGUUCGCGCUCGCGCUCGCGCUCGCCCCCGCUGCACUCGUUCAUCAGCCCAAGGUCAGAGACCCGGGGGUCGCACUUACACCCGGACCCGCUGCGCCAUGCGCCACCUCUGCCUCCGAGGGACGGGGAUGAUCCGACGGAUCCCGACACAGUCUCCAACCCACUGGACCAGGCUCAGCGCCGUCAGCUCGAAGAGCGCACCGCGCCAACGCGCUCGAACAUACCGGAGGCGUUGCCUAUCGUGAACCCCUCUCGGAGAGACUAUGGCUUUACAAGCAGCGAAGAUCCAUUGAAAGUCGCGAACGACUGGGCCAAAGGCCUGCUGGGUUCAUACAUCGUAGGGCCGAGAGCCUCGACAACGGCAGAUGUAGACGAGCGCCUCGCGCUGGCCAGCGCUAUCUGA